AUGGCAACCUACGAGUCAGAUCACGAACUCGACGACUCCGAAAACCUCUCCUACCACCACUCCUCCUCUUCUUCACCCUCCCGCUUUUCCCGGAUCUCUCGCCCCUUAAUUGAAUCUGUUCGGAAUGGCUGGCAAUCCCACUCCAACAUCUCUUAUCACUCCCUCUCCCCCGAAAAUGACAAGAACCCGCGCUGGCUACAGAUGACCCUGUCCGUCGUCGCCGCCCCGAGAUUCCGCCGCUAUGUCGUCGUUUAUGUGACUCUUUUCAUACUGAGUUGGUGCGGAUGGAGCCUGUUUCUACACCCGCUUCUUCAGGAUCGCAGUGACUUGCUCCAUUCGUUGGAUCCUGCUUCCAAGGCAGAGUCUGGAGGCUGGUUCGGGUCGAACUCGUUGCCAAAGUUUGAUGAUCUGAUUCAGGUUCGCACAUUGGAUGCGGAUCUGGUUCCUAUGGCUCCGUUAGAAGGGGUAGAUGCGGCUGAGUGGAAAAGCAAGCGGUUAGUUGUUGUGGGUGAUGUGCAUGGAUGUAAAGAGGAAUUGGUUAAACUUCUUGAUAAAGUUUCGUUUUCUGAGGAGGAUGGCGAUCAUUUGAUCUUUACGGGCGAUCUGAUCAACAAAGGGCCCGAUAGCGCCGGUGUCGUUGAUUUGGCACGCGAGCACUCCGCCUCAUGCGUGCGCGGAAAUCAUGAGGAUCGGGUCCUUCUUUUCCGCCAUGAGAUUAUGUCACCGACCGCUAUGACCGAGGCCGAGGAAGUACAGAGCCAGAUCUUUUCGAGUAAGGAGCUCAAAGAGCGCGCACUGGCUCGCUCAUUGACCGAUGAGCAAGCGCAAUGGCUGGAAGCUUGUCCAGUAAUUUUGGAUGUGGGAUUCGUCCAGGGUAUGGGUCAGGUGGCUGUCGUACACGGAGGUCUUGUUCCUGGCGUGGACUUCGAGAAACAAGAUCCAUCCAGUGUGAUGACCAUGCGUACCAUUGAUUUGGACACCCAUGUGCCAAGCGCAUCGCAUGAUGGCUUAAACUGGGCCAAGAUGUUUGACAAGCACCAGUCCAUUUUACAUACGAGUCUGAAGCAUUCCAAUGCGGAUCCUCAUUCUCAAACCACUACUGUUAUAUAUGGACACGAUGCCAAGAGAUCUCUCAAUAUCCGCACUUAUACCAAGGGUCUUGACACCGGAUGUUAUAAGGGUGGUAAGCUGACCGCACUGGUCAUCCAGGAUGGUGGCAAGCAAGAGCUUGUUCAAGUGAAGUGCCACACCAAUUACUCAAAGGACGAGUGA